CGGGAUCCUAAUUGGGGAGGUUUUGCACAAAGAGUCUUGGAGCAAGGAAUUCAUCCCCGAAAUGGCAACAAGACUGAUAAUGCCCAUCCCCCUAUACACCCCAUCAAGUACACGGCCACCCUACAGGGAAAUGAUCAGCGUGUGUAUGAGUUCGUGGUUCGUCACUUUCUUGCAUGCUGCUCCCAAGAUGCCCAGGGUAUGGAGACGACAGUUGAUAUCAACAUAGCAGAGGAGAGGUUUGCAGCCAGUGGUUUGAUGAUCAUUGCCAGGAACUACCUUGAGGUCUACCCAUAUGAGAAAUGGAAUGCUAAGGAAAUCCCCAUCUACAAGCAGGGAGAUCAGUUUGAACCAAGCCUGAUGGAGAUGGCAUGUAGUGAGACAGUGCCCCCACCUUUGUUGUCUGAAGCAGACCUGAUAGCUCUCAUGGAGAAACAUGGAAUUGGUACUGAUGCCACACACGCAGAUCACAUUGAAACCAUCAAAGUCCGGAGUUACGUCGGUCUUCGUCCUGAUGGACGUUUUGUGCCUGGACAGCUCGGGAUGGGACUUGUGGAAGGAUAUGAUGAGAUGGGAUACCAAAUGUCCAAGCCACACCUGAGAUCUGAACUGGAGGCUGACUUGCAAAGGAUAUGUGAAGGUCGAAAAGACAAAAAUAUUGUACUGAGGGAGCAGAUUGAGAAAUACAAGGCUGUGUUUAUAGAGGCGAGCCAGCAGGCCUUGAAGCUGGACGAGGCUCUGUCACAGUACUUUGGACAGGCUCAUGCUCUCACAGGAGCCGAAGUUACAGACAUUGCUGGUCCUGCUGUUGUCCGCAGAUGUCCACAGUGUGGUCAGGACAUGGCCCUGAAGGUGAAGAAAGAUGGAAAAGGGUUUUACAUUGGCUGUAUGGGAUACCCCCAGUGUCGGUCUGCCAUGUGGCUGCCAGAGUCUGUCCUCCAGGCUGACUUGUCAGAGGAUACCUGUCCUCAGUGUGGUCCGGGGCCGGUGCAUCUGAUCAAGUUCAAGUUUAGACGAGGAUCAACACCACCCAUGAUACCCUCUGAAUACACGGGUUGUAUUGGUGGUUGUGAUCAUAUGCUGACUGAAGUCCUCAAUAUUCAGCCCCUCGCUGCCAGAAACAACACCAGUUCUCAAGCUAACACUUCACUGCCAAGGAGAAACAGCAACAUGUUUGACAGUGGUUACAGCAGCAGCAGUAACUCAAGCAUCACCAGCAAUAACUCACAACAACGCCGACCACAGAACAGCAACAACACACAACAAAACAGACCACGGAACACCAACUCUCCCUCUAGUAGAAGCUUCACCACAAACACAAACUCUUCCUUCAAUAAUAGUGCAAGGAACAAUGUAUCUUUCACUGGUAACCAAAGGGGAGGUAACUCUCGACCACCACUGACAACCAUGCCUCAGCCCAAUUCAACAGCACCUGGUGGGAGAUCAGGAGAUUCUGGAUCUGCCAUUGUGUGUAACUGUGGCACUGAUGCCAUGCAGCUGACUGUCAGGAAAGAGGGACCAAAUACAGGUCGUCAGUUCUACAAGUGUAGCAAACCCAGUGGGACAGGCUGUACGUUCUUCUUGUGGGCUGAUGAAAACAACCAGAGAUCAUCAGGAAACAGCUCAAGACUUGAUAACAGUUGGUCUUCCUCGCGGCCUCCAAGUUCUAAUCAGUCCACUAGUUCCUGGAAUCAAAGUUCAGGACAUGGAGAUGCUGUUGUAUGUAGAUGUGGGCAGACAGCAAAGUUUCUCACUGUACAGAAGGAAGGCCCAAACAAAGGGAGACAAUUCCAUGGUUGCCCCAAACCCAGAGACCAGGGUUGUAACUUCUUCCAGUGGGCCGAUGACGUGGGUAGUGGUGGAGGAGGAGGAGGAGGAGGUGGAGGUGGAUGGAGUGGUCCGAGUGGUGGCUAUGGAGGAGGAGGAGGGAGGAAGAGAGCUGCUUCUGGAGAAGUUGGAGGUCCUUUAGGGAAGAAGAGAAAGUGCGGGUUGUGUGGAGUAGAAGGUCACACAAAACGAACAUGCCCUCACAAAGACCCUGGUUGAUGUGCACCAAGAACAGCUUUUGUAUAUUGUGUACAUGUUGCUGAUAUGUAUCUAACAGUGUAUAUAGUGUAUAGAUCUGUCGGACUGGCAUGGAAUAAACUUCAUGUUUUGGCUGAAA